AUGCCAGCCCAAUGGUUCCUAAUCUCCAGACUGGCCUUCCUGGUACUGCUGGGCACAGUCAGAGCAGGCCCUUUCUCUCCACGGUCCAAUGUGACACUCCAAGCCCCACGCCCCCCUCCCCAGCCAGGAGGCCACACAGGGGAGCCAAGAGGGGGAAGCCCCUCUUCCCGGCUUUAUGAGCACACUGUGGAAGGAGGGGAGAAGCAGGUUGUGUUUACCCACCGCAUCAACCUGCCCCCUUCAGCCGGCUGUGGUUGUCCUCCGGGCACGGAGCCCCCUGUCCCUGCUUCAGAGGUGCAGGCCCUGAAGGUCCGGUUAGAGAUCCUGGAGGAGCUGGUGAAAGGACUCAAGGAACAGUGCACUGGGUCAUGCUGUCCUGCUGCUGCCCAGGCUGGCACAGGCCAGACAGACGUUCGUAGCCUCUGCAGUCUCCACGGCGUGUUUGACCUGAGCCGCUGUGCCUGCUCCUGCGAACCAGGCUGGGGUGGGCCCACCUGCUCAGACCCUACAGGCGCCGGGGUGCCCCCAUCCUCCCCACCCUCUGUCUCCGGCUCCUGCCCAGACGACUGCAACGAUCAGGGUCGCUGCGUCCGCGGGCGCUGCGUGUGCUUCCCUGGCUACAGCGGCCCCAGCUGUGGCUGGCCCUCCUGUCCUGGGGACUGCAACGGCCGCGGGCGCUGCGUGCAGGGCGUGUGCGUGUGCCGGGCAGGCUUCUCCGGCGACGACUGCAGCCUGCGCUCCUGCCCCCGGAGCUGCAGCCAGAGGGGGCGCUGCGAGGACGGGCGCUGCGUGUGCGACCCCGGCUACACGGGCGACGACUGUGGGAAGAGGAGCUGCCCUAGAGGUUGCAGCCAGAGGGGGCGCUGCGAGAACGGUCGCUGCGUGUGCGACCCCGGCUACACCGGCGACGACUGCGGGGUGAGGAGCUGCCCCCGGGGAUGCAGCCAGAGGGGGCGCUGCGAGGACGGGCGCUGCGUGUGCGACCCCGGCUACACUGGCGACGACUGCGGCUCGCGGAGCUGCCCGUGGGACUGUGGCGAGGGCGGGCGCUGCGUGGACGGCCGCUGUGUAUGCUGGCCCGGGUACGCGGGCGAGGACUGCAGCACCCGGACGUGCCCGCGAGACUGCCGGGGUCGCGGGCGCUGCGAGGACGGCGAAUGCAUCUGCGACGCAGGCUACAGCGGGGACGACUGCGGAGUGCGCAGCUGCCCAGGCGACUGCCACCAAAGGGGCCGCUGCGAGGACGGCCGCUGCGUGUGCUGGCCGGGGUACACCGGGCCUGACUGCGGCUCACGCGCCUGCCCCCGCGACUGUCGGGGCCGCGGGCGCUGCGAGAACGGCGUAUGCGUGUGCAACACCGGCUACAGCGGCGAGGACUGUGGGGUGCGCAGCUGUCCCGGGGACUGUCGCGGCCGGGGCCGUUGCGAGAGUGGUCGCUGCGUGUGCUGGCCGGGGUAUACAGGCCGAGACUGCGGCACGCGCGCUUGCCCUGGAGACUGCCGUGGGCGCGGGCGCUGCGUGGACGGCCGCUGCAUGUGCAACCCGGGCUUCGCGGGCGAGGACUGCGGGAGCCGUCGGUGCCCUGGGGACUGCCGGGGCCGCGGCCGCUGCGAGGACGGCGUGUGCGUGUGCAACGCGGGCUACGAGGGAGAGGACUGUGGCGUGCGCAGCUGCCCAGGAGGUUGCCACGGCCGCGGCCAGUGCCUGGAUGGGCGCUGCGUGUGCGACGAUGGCUACUCAGGCGAGGACUGCAGUGUACAGCGGUGCCCCCGAGACUGUAACCAGCACGGCCUGUGCCAGGAUGGUGUGUGCACCUGUUGGGAGGGCUAUGCAGGCGAGGACUGUGGCCUCCGUACCUGCCCCUCCAACUGCCACCAGCGCGGCCGCUGUGAGGACGGGCGCUGCGUGUGCGACUCGGGCUACACUGGCCCCUCCUGUGCCACCCGCACCUGCCCGGCGGACUGUCGGGGCCGUGGGCGCUGCGUGCAGGGAGUGUGUGUGUGCCAUGUGGGCUACAGCGGCGAGGACUGUGGGCAGGAGGAGCCUCCCGCCAGUGCCUGCCCUGGGGGCUGUGGGCCCCGGGAACUGUGCCGUGAGGGCCAGUGUGUAUGCGUUGAGGGCUUCCGAGGACCUGACUGCGCCAUUCAGACGUGCCCCGGGGACUGCCACGGCAGGGGAGAGUGUCGUGAGGGCAGCUGUGUCUGUCAGGAUGGCUAUGCAGGGGAGGACUGCGGGGAAGAGGUGCCAGCCAUCGAGGGCAUGAGGAUGCAUCUUUUGGAGGAGACGACGGUUCGGACAGAGUGGACCCGGGCUCCUGGCACUGUGGAUGCCUAUGAAAUUCAGUUCAUUCCCACGACAGAAGGGGUGAGCCCCCCGUUCACAGCACGGGUACCCAGCUCUGCCUCAGCCUAUGACCAGAGAGGACUGGCUCCCGGCCAGGAGUACCAGGUCACUGUCCGUGCCCUUCGAGGGACUAACUGGGGCCCUCCUGCUUCCAAGACCAUCACCACCAUGAUUGAUGGCCCCCAGGACCUCCGAGUGGUGGCUGUGACACCAACCACAAUGGAGCUCAGCUGGCUGCGACCCCAGGCUGAGGUGGACCGGUUUGUGGUGUCCUAUGUCAGUGCUGGCAACCAGAGGGUGCGGCUGGAGGUGCCCUCUGAGGCAGAUGGAACGCUGCUGACCGACCUGAUGCCAGGCGUGGAAUAUGUAGUGACUGUCACCGCAGAGCGAGGCCGGGCAGUAAGCUACCCGGCUUCUGUCAGGGCCAACACAGGGUCCUCUCCCUCAGGCCUCUUGGGGACCACCGAUGAGCCUCCUCCCUCAGGCCCUUCAACCACCCAAGGGGCCCGGGCCCCUGAACUACAGCAGCGCCCCCAGGAACUAGGAGAGUUGAGGGUGCUGGGCAGAGACAAGACAGGGCACCUCCGCGUCGCUUGGACUGCUCAGCCUGACACAUUUGCCCACUUCCAGCUGCGCCUUCGGGUGCCCGAGGGGCCGGGGGCGCAUGAAGAACUACUGCCAGGGGACGUCCGCCAGGCCCUGGUGCCCUCACCCCCUCCUGGAGUCCCCUAUGAGCUGUCACUUCAUGGGGUCUCCCCGGAGGGCGAGUCCUCUGCCCCUCUUAUCUACCAAGGCAUUACGGACAGGGAUGGGGCAAAGCCUGGGAAGCCCUUGGCCCCGCCAAAUCUGGGCGAGCUGACAGUGACUGACAUGGCCUCCAACUCCCUGCUCCUGCAAUGGACGGUCCCUGAGGGCGAGUUUGACUCCUUCGUGAUCCAGUACAAGGACAGGGACGGGCCCCAGGCUGUCCGUGUGGAGGGGUCCCAACGCUCAACCCUCAUCACCAACCUGGACCUUGGCCGCAAGUACAAAUUCGUGCUAUAUGGGCUCGUGGGCAAGAAGAGGCAUGGCCCCCUGGUGGCUGAAGCCAAGAUCUUGCCUCAGAGUGACCCCAGCCCAGUGACUCCACCUCGCCUGGGAAAGCUGUGGGUGACAGAUCCCACCCGAGACUCACUGCGCCUCUCCUGGACCGUCCCUGAGGGCCAGUUUGACUCCUUCAUAGUCCAAUACAGGGACCGGAAUGGACAGCCCCAGGUGGUGCCCGUGGAAGGGCCUGAGCGCUCGGUCAUUGUCUCCUCCCUGGACCCUGACCACAAGUACAGAUUCACUCUGUUUGGGAUUGCCAACAAGAAGCGACAUGGCCACCUCACAGCUGAUGGCACCACAGCCUCAGAGAAGACAGAGGAGCUCCUCCACCCAGAGUCCCCAGAGCAGCCCCUGCUGGGGGAACUGAUGGUGACUCAUGCGACCCCAGACUCCCUGCGCCUGUCCUGGACAGUGACCCAGGGCUCCUUCGAUUCCUUCAUGGUCCAGUACAAGGAUGCCCAGGGGCAGUCCCAGGCAGUGCCCGUGAGGGGUGAUGAGAACAAGGUCACCGUCUCUGGCCUGGAGUCCCACCGGAAAUAUAAGAUGAACCUCUAUGGGCUUCAUGGCAGGCAGCGUGUGGGACCUAUGUCUGUGGUGGCCACCACAGCCCCCCAGGAGGUUGUGGAGGAGACACCCAGCCCCACAGAGCCUGGCAUGGAGGCCACAGAGACCCCUGAGGAGCCCCUGCUGGGGGAGCUGACAGUCACAGGAUCCUCCCCAGACUCGCUGAGCCUCUCGUGGACCGUCCCCCAGGGCCACUUCGACUCCUUCACUGUCCAGUACAAGGACAGGGACGGACGACCCCAGGUGGUGCGUGUCAGGGGUGAAGAGGGUGAGGUCACCAUCGGGGGCCUGGAGCCGGGACACAAGUACAAGAUGCACCUGUAUGGCCUGCACAGGGGGCAGCGCUGGGGCCCUGUGUCCACUGUGGGUGUGACCGCUCCACAACUGGAAGAGACUCCAGCCACAGAGCCCCCCUUGGAGCCGCACCUGGGAGAGCUGACAGUGACAGAUGUGACUCCCAACUCGGUGGGCCUCGCAUGGACAGUCCCAGAGGGCCAGUUUGACUCCUUCGUGGUCCAGUACAAGGACAGGGACGGGCAGCCCCAGGUGGUGCCUGUGGCCACAGACCAGCGUGAGGUCACCAUCCCCGGCCUGGACCCUGCACGUAAAUACAAGAUGAACUUCUAUGGGCUACAUGGUGGCCAGCGUGUGGGUCCCCUCUCUGUGGUAGCUGUGACUGCUCCCCAUCCCCCAGCCCUAGCCACCGAGUCCCCCCAGGAGCCACGCCUAGGGGAGCUGACAGUGACAGACCUGACCCCGGACUCUGCGAGCCUCUCGUGGACCGUCCUCGAGGGUGAAUUUGACUCCUUCGUGGUCCAGUACAAGGACAGGGAUGGGCAGCCCCGGGUGGUGCCUGUGGCCGCAGACCAGCGUGAGGUCACCAUCCCCGGCCUGGAGCCCAGUAGGAAAUACAAGUUCCUGCUCUUUGGGAUUCAGGAUGGCAAAAGACGCAGCCCAGUCUCUGUGGAGGCAAAGACAGCUGCCCAAGGUGACGCCAGCCUUGGGGCCCCACCCCGCCUUGGGGAGCUGUGGGUGACAGAUCCCACCCUGGAAUCUCUGCGCCUCUCCUGGACAGUCCCCGAGGGCCACUUUGACUCCUUUGUGGUCCAGUUCAAGGACAGGGAUGGGCCCCGAGUGGUGCCCGUGGAGGGCCACGAGCGCUCAGUCACCAUCACCCCUCUGGACACUGGCCGCAAGUACAGAUUCCUCCUUUAUGGGCUCCUGGGCAAGAGGCGCCACGGCCCCCUCACUGCCGAAGGCACCACAGAGAUCCGGAGUGCUGUGGAUGAUGCUAAAGCAAAGCAUCCCCCAAAGCCCCAUCUUGGGGAGGAGCUACAGGUGACCAGAGUGAAUCCAGACUCUGUGAGCCUCUCGUGGACAGUCCCUGAGGGCCAGUUCGACUCCUUUGUGGUCCAGUACAAGGACAGGGACGGGCAGCCACAGGUGGUGCCUGUGGAAGGCAGCCUCAGGGAGGUCAGCAUCCCGGGCCUGGACCCAGCCCGCAGGUAUAAGCUGCUGCUGUAUGGGCUGCACCAGGGCAAGCGUGUGGGUCCCAUCUGGGCCAUCGCCGUGACUGCCUCCAGAGAAGAUAUCGAAACUGAGACCCCAGGUCCUCCAGGGCCUGAGCCCCGCCUAGGGGAGGUGACUGUGGAGGAAGCCAGGCCAGACACCUUGCAUCUCUCCUGGUCAGUAAUGGACGGAGAUUUUGACUCCUUUGAAGUCCAGUACACAGACGAAGAUGGACAAUUCCAGGUAGUCAAGUUAGAUGGUGACCGAAAUGACAUCAUCCUCACUGGCCUGGAAUCUGACCACAGAUACCUGGUGACCCUGUAUGGUCUCCAUGGCAGGCAACGUGUGGGUCCUGCCCACAUUGAGGCCUUGACAGCCCGAAAGGAAGACGAGGAUGAACCUUCAGAACCUCCCAUCAAGCCGCGCCUGGGGCAGCUGGCAGUGACAGACGCCACCACCGACUCCCUGCACCUCUCCUGGACUGUCCCCGAGGGCCAGUUUGACCACUUCCUGGUCCAGUACAAGAACGGGGAUGGGCAGCCCAAGGCGGUGAGGGUGCCAGGGAAUGAGGACCAGGUCACCAUCUCAGGCCUGGAACCCGACCACAAGUACAAGAUGAACCUGUAUGGCUUCCACGGUGGCCAGCGUGUGGGCCCUGUCUCUGCCUUUGGGGUGACGGCUGCAGAGGAAGAGACCCCAGCCCCCACCGAGGUGGAGGAGACCCCCAGCCCCACAGAGCCCGGCACGGAGGCCCCAGAGACCCCCGAGGAGCCCCUGCUGGGGGAGUUGACAGUCACAGGAUCCUCCCCAGACUCGCUGAGCCUCUCGUGGACCGUCCCCCAGGGCCACUUUGACUCCUUCACUGUCCAGUACAAGGACAGGGAAGGGCGGCCCCAGGUGGUGCGUGUCAGGGGUGAGGAGAGUGAGGUCACCGUCGGGGGCCUGGAGCCGGGGCGCAAGUACAAGAUGCACCUGUAUGGCCUGCACAGGGGGCAGCGCUGGGGCCCCGUGUCCACCGUGGGCGUGACCGCUCCAGAAUAUGAAGCUAUGACCACCCAAGCCCUGUCCACCAUGGCACCUGAGCCUCCCAUCAAGCCGCGCCUGGGGCAGCUGGCAGUGACAGACGCCACCCCUGACUCCCUGCACCUCUCCUGGACUGUCCCCGAGGGCCAGUUUGACCACUUCCUGGUCCAGUACAAGAACGGGGAUGGGCAGCCCAAGGCGGUGAGGGUGCCAGGGAAUGAGGACCAGGUCACCAUUUCAGGCCUGGAACCUGACCACAAGUACAAGAUGAACCUGUAUGGCUUCCACGGUGGCCAGCGUGUGGGCCCUGUCUCUGCCUUUGGGGUGACGGCUGCAGAGGAAGAGACCCCAGCCCCCACCGAGGUGGAGGAGACCCCCAGCCCCACAGAGCCCGGCACGGAGGCCCCAGAGACCCCCGAGGAGCCCCUGCUGGGGGAGUUGACAGUCACAGGAUCCUCCCCAGACUCGCUGAGCCUCUCGUGGACCGUCCCCCAGGGCCACUUCGACUCCUUCACUGUCCAGUACAAGGACAGGGAAGGGCGGCCCCAGGUGGUGCGUGUCAGGGGUGAGGAGAGUGAGGUCACCGUCGGGGGCCUGGAGCCGGGGCGCAAGUACAAGAUGCACCUGUAUGGCCUGCACAGGGGGCAGCGCUGGGGCCCCGUGUCCACUGUGGGCGUGACCGAUCCUGAAGAGGAGCCACCUGCCCACACCCUUCUGAAGCCACACUUGGGAGAGCUGGCAGUGACGGAUGCCACACCCGACUCCUUGCACCUCUCCUGGACUGUCCCCGAGGGCCAGUUUGACCACUUCCUGGUCCAGUACAAGAACGGGGAUGGGCAGCCCAAGGCGGUGAGGGUGCCAGGGAAUGAGGACCAGGUCACCAUCUCAGGCUUAGAACCAGACCACAAGUAUAAGAUGAACCUGUAUGGCUUCCACGGUGGCCAGCGUGUGGGCCCUGUCUCCACAGUGGGCUUAACUGAAAUGCCAGCUCCAACAGAAUCACCCAGCACGACUCCCAAGCCUCCCAUCAAGCCGCGCCUGGGGCAGCUGGCAGUGACAGAUGCCACCCCCGACUCCCUGCACCUCUCCUGGACUGUCCCCGAGGGCCAGUUUGACCACUUCCUGGUCCAGUACAAGAAAGGGGAUGGGCAGCCCAAGGCAGUGAGGGUGUCAGGGAAUGAGGACCAGGUCACCAUCUCAGGCCUGGAACCUGACCACAAGUACAAGAUGAACCUGUAUGGCUUCCACGGUGGCCAGCGUGUGGGCCCUGUCUCUGCCUUUGGGGUGACAGCUGCAGAGGAAGAGACCCCAGCCCCCACCGAGGUGGAGGAGACCCCCAGCCCCACAGAGCCCAGCACGGAGGCCCCAGAGACCCCCGAGGAGCCCCUGCUGGGGGAGUUGACAGUCACAGGAUCCUCCCCAGACUCGCUGAGCCUCUCGUGGACCGUCCCCCAGGGCCACUUAGACUCCUUAACUGUCCAGUACAAGGACAGGGAAGGGCGGCCCCAGGUGGUGCGUGUCAGGGGUGAGGAGAGUGAGGUCACCAUCGGGGGCCUGGAGCCGGGACACAAGUACAAGAUGCACCUGUAUGGCCUGCACAGGGGGCAGCGCUGGGGCCCCGUGUCCACUGUGGGCGUGACCGCACCUCAGGAGGUUGUGGAGGAGACCCCCAGCCCCACAGAGCCCAGCACGGAGGCCCCAGAGACCCCCGAGGAGCCCCUGCUGGGGGAGUUGACAGUCACAGGAUCCUCCCCAGACUCGCUGAGCCUCUCGUGGACCGUCCCCCAGGGCCACUUUGACUCCUUCACUGUCCAGUACAAGGACAGGGAAGGGCGGCCCCAGGUGGUGCGUGUCAGGGGUGAGGAGAGUGAGGUCACCGUCGGGGGCCUGGAGCCGGGGCGCAAGUACAAGAUGCACCUGUAUGGCCUGCACAGGGGGCAGCGCUGGGGCCCCGUGUCCACCGUGGGCGUGACCGCUCCAGAAUAUGAAGCUAUGACCACCCAAGCCCUGUCCACCAUGGCACCUGAGCCUCCCAUCAAGCCGCGCCUGGGGCAGCUGGCAGUGACAGACGCCACCCCUGACUCCCUGCACCUCUCCUGGACUGUCCCCGAGGGCCAGUUUGACCACUUCCUGGUCCAGUACAAGAACGGGGAUGGGCAGCCCAAGGCGGUGAGGGUGCCAGGGAAUGAGGACCAGGUCACCAUUUCAGGCCUGGAACCUGACCACAAGUACAAGAUGAACCUGUAUGGCUUCCACGGUGGCCAGCGUGUGGGCCCUGUCUCUGCCUUUGGGGUGACGGAGACCCCAGCCCCCACCGAGGUGGAGGAGACCCCCAGCCCCACAGAGCCCGGCACGGAGGCCCCAGAGACCCCCGAGGAGCCCCUGCUGGGGGAGUUGACAGUCACAGGAUCCUCCCCAGACUCGCUGAGCCUCUCGUGGACCGUCCCCCAGGGCCACUUCGACUCCUUCACUGUCCAGUACAAGGACAGGGAAGGGCGGCCCCAGGUGGUGCGUGUCAGGGGUGAGGAGAGUGAGGUCACCGUCGGGGGCCUGGAGCCGGGGCGCAAGUACAAGAUGCACCUGUAUGGCCUGCACAGGGGGCAGCGCUGGGGCCCCGUGUCCACCGUGGGCGUGACCGCCUCUCUGCCCACAGAGCCCCCUGUGGAACCUCGCCUAGGGGAGCUGGCUGUGGUAGCCGUGACCUCUGACACAGUGCACCUCUCAUGGACGGUGGCCCAGGGCCUCUUCGACUCCUUCCUGGUCCAGUACAAGGAUGUGCAGGGGCGGCCCCAGGCAGUGACUGUGGGUGGACACCUCCGUGAAAUCACCAUUCCGGGUCUGGACCCCGCCCGCAAGUACAAGUUCCUACUCUUCGGACUCCAGGAUGAGAAGAGGCAUGGUCCUGUGGCUGCAGAUGCAAAGACCUUCCCAGACACGAAACCUCUCCGCCUGGGGGAGCUGACAGUGACAGACCUGACCUCGGACUCUGCGAGCCUCUCGUGGACCGUCCCUGAGGGUGAAUUUGACUCCUUCGUGGUCCAGUACAAGGACAGGGAUGGGCAGCCCCGGGUGGUGCCUGUGGCCGCAGACCAGCGUGAGGUCACCAUCCCCGGCCUGGAGCCCAGUAGGAAAUACAAGUUCCUGCUCUAUGGGCUGGCCGGCAGGAAGCGGCUGGGCCCCGUCUCUGCUGAUGGCAGCACAGCUCCCCUGAAGAAGGAGCAGCAGCGCCCACCCCGCCUGGGGGAGCUGACAGUGACAGAUGAGACCCCAGACUCCCUGCACCUCUCAUGGACAGUGGCCCAAGGCCUCUUUGAUUCCUUUGUGGUCCAGUACCGGGACACAGCUGGGCAGCCCCGGGCAGUGCCCGCGGCCCAAGACCAGCGGGAAGUCACCAUAGAGGGCCUGGAGCCUGGCAGGAAAUACAAGUUUCUGCUCUAUGGCAUCCACGGAGGACAGCGCCUGGGCCCCAUCUCCAUCCUGGGAGUGACAGCCCCGGAAGUGGACACGCCAGCCCCCUGGCACCCAGCCACAGAGGCCCCUCAGCGCCCUGAAGGGCCCCAGCUAAGGACACUGGCAGUGAGCAACAUAACCCCGGACUCCAUGCACCUCUCGUGGAGUGUGGCUCAGGGCCCCUUUGACUCCUUCGUGGUCCAGUAUCAGGACACAGAUGGGCAGCCCCAGGCCUUGCUCGUGGAUGGCAACCAGAACAAGGUCCUGGUGUCUGGCCUGGAGCCCAGCACCUCCUACAAGUUCUUCCUCUAUGGCCUCCAUGAAGGGAAGCGCUUGGGGCCCAUCUCAGCUGAGGGCAUCACAGGGCCUGCUCCUGCUGGUCAGGCCUCAGGGGAGCCAGGGCCCCGCCUGUCCCAGCUGUCGGUGACUGAUGUGACCACCAGUUCGCUGCGGCUCAACUGGGAGGCCCCAUCUGGGGCCUUUGACUCCUUCCUGCUCCGCUUUGGGGUCCCAUCACCAAGCACUCUGGAGCCCCACCUGCGUCCCCUGCUGCAGCGGGAGCUGAUAGUACCGGGGACACGACGCUCAGCAGUGCUACGGGACCUGCGUCCAGGGACCCUAUACAGCCUUACAUUGUAUGGGCUGCGCGGGCCCCACAAGGCCGACAGCAUCCAGGGCACGGCCCGCACCCUCAGCCCAGUUCUGGAAAGCCCCCGUGACCUUCAGUUCAGCGAAAUCGGGGAAACUUCGGCCCAGGUCAGCUGGACGCCUCCACCAUCCAGAGUGGACAGCUUCAAAGUUUCCUACCAGCUGGCAGACGGAGGGGAGCCACAGAGCGUGCAGGUGGAUGGCCGAGCCCGGACCCAGAAACUCAAGGGGCUGAUUCCAGGCUCUCACUACGAGGUGACAGUGGUCUCCGUCCGUGGCUUUGAGGAGAGUGAGCCACUCACAGGCUUCCUCACCACAGUUCCUGACGGCCCCACCCAGCUUCGUGCACUGAACUUGACGGAGGGAUCCGCUCUGCUGCACUGGAAGCCCCCCCAGGCCCCUGUGGACACAUAUGAUGUCCGUGUCACAGCCCCCGGGGCCCCCCCUCUGCAGGCCUCAGCCUCUGGCAGUGCUGUGGACUACCCUCUGGGUGGCCUUGUGCUCCACACCAACUACACGGUGACCGUACGUGGUCUUCGCGGCCCCAACUUCACCUCCCCGGCCAGCAUCACCUUCACCACAGGGUUGGAGGCCCCCAAAGACUUGGAGGCCAAGGAAGUGACCCCCCGCACGGCCCUGCUCACUUGGACUGAGCCCCAAGUCCCGCCGACUAGCUAUCUGCUCAGUUUCAACACGCCUGGUGGACAGACCCAGGAGAUCCUGCUCCCAGGAGGGGUCACCUCUCACCAGCUCCUGGGCCUCUUUCCCUCCACCCCGUACAGCGUGUGGCUCCGAGCAAUGUGGGGCGAGAGCCUCACACAGCCCGUGUCCACCUCCUUCACCACCGGUGGCCUUCGGAUCCCCUUCCCUCGGGACUGUGGGGAAGAGAUGCAGAACGGAGCCAGCACCUCAAGGGCCACCACCAUCUUCCUCAAUGGCAACCGAGAGCGGCCCCUGGAUGUGUUUUGUGACAUGGAGACUGACGGGGGCGGCUGGCUGGUGUUUCAGCGCCGCAUGGACGGACAAACAGACUUCUGGAGGGACUGGGAGGACUAUGCCCAUGGCUUUGGGAACAUCUCUGGGGAGUUCUGGCUGGGCAAUGAGGCCCUGCACAGCCUAACGAAAGCCGGCGACUACUCCAUGCGUGUGGACCUGCGGGCUGGGGAUGAGGCCGUGUUUGCACAGUACGACUCUUUCCGAGUGGACUCUGCUGCCGACUACUACCGCCUUCAUCUGGAGGGCUAUCAUGGCACAGCAGGGGACUCCAUGAGCUACCACAGCGGCAGUGUUUUUUCUGCCCGUGAUCGAGACCCCAACAACUUGCUCAUCUCCUGUGCCGUCUCGUACCGUGGGGCCUGGUGGUAUAGGAACUGCCACUAUGCCAACCUCAACGGGCUCUAUGGGAGCACAGUAGACCACCAGGGCGUGAGCUGGUACUACUGGAAGGGCUUCGAGUUCUCUGUGCCCUUCACGGAAAUGAAGCUGAGACCAAGAAGCUACCGGCCCCCAGAGGUGCGGGGAGGCUGACCACCGCUCACCUCU